AUUGUGGUCUAUGUUCCGUGCCAACUGAGACAAAACGGCUAUUUUAAGACGGGUAAACGGUAGAGCCCGUUUAGCAGUAUCGCCACACUUUACCGUCCUGGUAGGUCGGCGUAAUGUAUGUGGUGUGCUAGUUAAGGUGUGAUCUGCUCUUUCUUCCGGUGACGAAACAAGUGAAAAUGUUUAACAAUAGUCCAGCAGGACCAUCAGGGGAAAGAGAACCCUUGCUGAGUGGGAAAAAUCUGUAUCCCGCUUUGGGACUGGAAGGAACAAAAUUGGAUGCAGCGUUCAAGGACAUUCCGUUGCCACAGGAGCCAGAAGCACCAUCAUAUCGUAAUCCGUGCCUGGAAUGGUUAUCUCGAGUCUUUAUCAUCCCGCAGCGGGUGAUAUUGGCGAUCAUGGGCUUUCUGGCUAUUAUGAAUGCGUACACGAUGCGCAUCUCCCUGUCGAUCGCGAUCACGGAGAUGGUGAACAAGACGGGCGGUGCAUCCGAGGACGAAGCUGGCGUCUGUCCGAUCGAUGACAGUGCCAACCCGGACGAUUACACUGGCGGCGAGUUCGAUUGGGACGAGGAGCUUCAGGGCAUCAUUCUGUCCUCGUUCUACUGGGGGUACGUCAUCACCCACAUUCCCGGUGGUAUGCUGGCGGAAAAGUUCGGUGGCAAAUGGACGCUGAGUUUGGGCAUUUUGUCGACCGCGUUCUUCACGCUCAUUACACCGUGGGCGGUAGAACUCGGUGGCUCGACUGCCCUCAUCGUGAUCCGUGUAAUGAUGGGACUGGGCGAAGGUACGACGUUCCCGGCGCUGAGCGCACUGAUGGCCACCUGGAUACCAGCGAAGGAGCGCAGUAAGCUGGGUUCGCUGGUGUUCGGCGGUGGACAGGUCGGUACGAUUCUGGGCAACCUGCUGUCCGGUGUGUUGCUGCAUAACAUCGAGGGCUGGUCGUCGGUGUUUUACUUCUUCGGCGGUAUGGGUGUUUUAUGGUUUGUGAUCUUCACACUGCUCUGCUACAGCGAUCCAGAAUCACAUCCGUUUAUCAGCGAGAAGGAAAAGGCUUACCUGAAACAGGAACUAGGAACGUUGGAGCGCGAUCGUACGUUGCCACCGACACCGUGGCGCUAUAUCCUCACGAGCGUACCAAUGAUGGCGCUCGUUUGUGCGCAGAUUGGGCACGAUUGGGGCUUCUUCAUUAUGGUUACCGAUCUGCCCAAGUACAUGAGCGAUGUGCUGCGGUUUUCCAUCAAAGACAAUGGGCUGUACUCCUCCCUGCCGUACUUGGUCAUGUGGAUUGUCUCACUGUCGACCGGCGUUCUGAGCGAUUGGCUCAUUACGUCUGGACGCAUGACGAUCACCUUCGGCCGUAAGCUGUUCACUACCAUUGCCUCCAUCGGUCCGGCCUGUUUCAUCGUUGGCGCAUCGUACGCCGGGUGCGAGAAGGCUGUGGUUGUCAUGCUGUUUACCUUCGCCAUGGGUCUCAUGGGUACGUUCUACCCCGGCAUGAAGGUUAACCCGCUCGAUCUGAGUCCAAACUACGCCGGCACGCUGAUGGCCAUCACGAACGGUAUCGGUGCCAUUACCGGUAUCAUCGCUCCGUACGUCGUCGGUGUGAUGACACCCAAUCACACCCUGGAUGAGUGGCGAAUUGUGUUCUGGAUCUCGUUUGCCGUCUUCAACGUCACCAAUCUGGUGUACGUCAUCUGGGCGUCGGGUGAGGUGCAGCCCUGGAACACGCCCCAUCUGAUGAACAAAUCUAUCGAAGCGGGCGAGUCCAACGAUGAAUCGGCCAUGGCAAAGAAAAGCGUACAAUCUCAAGAUGCCAUAAAGCAGUAAAGGGCGGCAGCAAAAUAGAUCCUCCAGGCUAUUUCAUCCUGCGACAGCUGUGAAGGGAAAUUCGAGACGUGAUGCUUUCGAAGAACGAUGCUGCUUCCGGAUGCGGAAGCGGUACCGCGCUAACGCUGCUAAGGGAUGCCCCGUAGAAGAAUUAGAGCGUGUUUUUUUUUAAAUCUUUUAUAAGCGCACAAUGCUAUUGUGCUGUUGAACGGAUUAAUAGUUAAUCCGACCGUAGGCCACGCGACUGCUCUACUGAAACGUGUAGGUUUAAUCUACGUUGAUGCCCGGUGCGAUAAGAUAUUCUGUUCUGUUGUGUUUAUUUAUACCACUUAUCAGCUAGGAUACGCGUUAGGAUUUACGAUAUAGGAGCGUGCAAAUGCAACCGUAACGGGUAGGACCAGUACAACGAUGGAUCAUCAUAUAGUUGCCAGCAGUGCUGGCACAUUGGGAGCGAAAAGAGUAACGAUCCGACCAAUCGGGUAACAGGGAAUUUGCCGAUGAGAUGUGUGAUUAAUAAAUGA